UCAAGUUGAGCAAUUAGUCCAAUUAUGCGUCGAUGGCAGCUUGGAUGAGAUCAGGUGAUAAACUAAAACUGGCCUAUCACCACAUGGCCCUAACAUGUAGAAUUAUGGAUAUUGAAGAGGGAGCAUAUAUUUCUAAUCUUUCUUGUAGCAUCAUCAUGUCUAUUUUCUUCUAACACUCAAGAUCCUCUUCUCGACUUCUCCCUCUCCUCGGUCACCAACCUUCCCGAACACGUACUCCACUGCAUCUAUAAAGUCUUUAAAAUUCCCCAGAUCAAUCUUCUUCCGUCCAUUUCUCAUCGAACGGAUCAAGUCACUCUUAAACAGCGAAGACCCAAUGGCAGCCGACCACCAACGGAAUCUGAUCUCGCUGUCGAGUGCAGUGGGUCCCGAUGCACAGUGGCACACGGGGCAUCCAACCAAGCGACAAGAUCCCGUAUCAUAUCAUCUCCUCCCUGCUACCAAGCUCCAACAAAGUCAAGAGAACCUCUCCUCAUCUCCUUCCCCUGCUUCUCCCACGAGCCACGACCAUGGCGGUGUCCAUGGCGAUUUCCAAAGCUCUGACCGCGGGGCGUCCCAACCAUUUGCGACACCGCCUUGCGGUGACGACGAGCUCCCAGCAGGCGCCACCGCUGCGGCUGCCUCUUCUCCCUCGCGGACCAAGCCUCACGCUCGCUUCGCGCCCGCGGAUGCUGCCGGCGAGACCCAGGAUGUCGUCGAGCGAAUCGGACCUGUCCCCGACGCCGCCUUCGGAGCGCACCAUGACGGCCUGGGACCUUGCCAGCCUCUGGAUCGGCCUCGUCGUCGGCGUGCCGUCCUACUACCUCGCCGGCAGCCUCGUGGACCUCGGCAUGUCGGCGCUCCAGGGCGUCGCCACGGUGGCUCUCGCCAACGCCGUCGUCCUGGUCUGCCUCGUGCUCACGGCCGCGCCGGCGGUCACGCACGGGCUGCCGUUCCCGGUGCUCGCGCGCGCCACGUUCGGCGUGCGCGGCGCGCACGUCCCGGCCGUCAUCCGCGCGCUCGUCGGCUGCGGGUGGUUCGGCAUCGAGUCCUGGAUCGGAGGCCGCGCCGUGUUCCUCCUCCUUCCCUCCAGCCUCAAGUCGUACGCGCCGCUGCUUAAGCCGGUGCCCGGCCUGGGCGCGGCGCCGCUGGAGUUCGCGUGCUUCCUGGCCUUCUGGGCCGCGCAGCUCGCCGUCAUCAUGAACGGCAUGGAAGGCAUCCGCAAGCUGGAGAGGUACUCGGCGCCGGUGCUCAUCGUGCUCACCUCCGCGCUGCUCGCCUGGGCCUACGUCUCCGCCGGCGGCUUCGGGCGCGUCCUCUCGCUGCCGCCCAGGCUGACGGGCGCCGAGUUCUGGAAGGUCUUCUUCCCGGCGCUCACCGCCAACGUUGGCUUCUGGGCCACGGUGGCCAUCAACAUCCCGGACUUUGCCCGGUACGCCCGGAGCCAGGCGGACCAGGUGCUCGGCCAGGCAGGGCUGCCGGUGUUCAUGGGCAUGUUCACCUUCGCGGGGCUCGCCGUGACCUCCUCCACGGAGGCCAUCUUCGGCCACGUCAUCUCCGACCCGAUCGAGCUCCUCGGCCGCAUCGGCGGCCCGGCGACCACGGUGCUCGCCAUCUUCGGCAUCAGCCUCGCGACCAUCACGACCAACAUCGCCGCCAACGUCGUCGCGCCUGCCAACGCGUUCGUCAGCAUGAGCCCGCGGAGGUUCACCUUCGCGCAGGGGGCGCUCAUCACCGCGUUGCUUGGCAUCGCCUGCCAGCCAUGGCGGCUGCUCAGCUCCAGCGAGAGCUUCGUCUACACCUGGCUGCUCGGCUACUCGGCGCUCAUGGGGCCCAUAGGAGGCGUCGUCCUCGCCGACCACUACAUCGUGAGGCGCACCGCUUUGGACGUGGACGCUCUGUACUCGGAGGCCAGGGAGAGCCCUUACUAUUUCCAGGGCGGUUUCAACGUUGCCGCGAUGGUGGCAAUGGCGGCCGGAGUUGCGCCGAUCGUGCCAGGAUUUCUGCACAAAGUCGGGGUUCUGCCGAAUGUCUCCAAGGCAUUUGUCUCGGCCUACAACAACGCCUGGUUUGUCAGUUUUUUCGUCGCCGGCGCCGUGUACUGUCUGCUCUGUCGCCGGAGAGGCGGUGAAGUGAAAUACCGAAACAGUUGAUACUAGUGGACUUGCAAAACCUGUUGAUUUCAGUCCGUUUGAGUUUGGGAAUAAAUACUUGUGAUAUAAAGUGGGUUUCAGA